AUUACACAGUAAGACAUAACAUACUACAACAACAUCAAGUUUCUUGUAAGUUUAAAACCUUCAUUAGCAACUUAAUAAGUAAAAUGUUUACAAAUUCUUCUAGGCUAUAAAGAGUAUUACAUUAUUUAGAUGGCUGCCUCCUGACAAAGUCUAGCUCUUGUUCUUUGUUAACAAAAACCAAACUCAUCAGCCUGCAACUACUUCUAAGUGAAGUGGAGCACUAUUUUUUUUUUCAGUAUUCAACUUAAAAGAUCUCUGGCCAGCAGACUAAAAUGUUUGUUUUAUAAUUGCCCGCUGAACUAUGAUAGUUUGUUUCCAGAUGGUGCCCUUCCUUCAACCUGCACACAAUCUCUCCUUGUUCGAAACUAUUCAACCUCCUGCUGAUCCCACCCCCCUAUUUAAGGCUACAAAGAGGAAAUCCUAAGGAGGAGAUUCCCGCCCCCAGUCUCCAGCAAUUUUUGGUGAUGUAAUAUGUGGGCUGAACUUGAGUCUACUGAGAAAGAGGGAAUCACUAUUCAGGGGUACUGUAUAUACAAUCUGGGUCAGCUGCAGCUGGUUACUGCAUUUCUCCAUGUGGCAGACAGAGCAAAGCCACAAUGCUUUCUCUGCUGGAUUAAAGACGGCCCACAGACCAGAACUUCCACUAUACUACUUAAAAUUACAUAGGUGGCUUGUCAAAUUCAAUUGAUUAGUAUUGUAAAAGGAAAAAGAAGUUCCUUCUUACAGCUUGGAUUCAACGGUCCAAAACAAAAAUGCAGCUGCCAUUAAAGUCACAGAUGAACAAACUUCUACACUGAUUUUUAAAAUCAAGAAUAAGGGCAGCAAGUUUCUGGAUUCACUGAAUCAACAGAUACAAAAAGACAUCAUUUUACAACCUCAUUUCAAAAUGAAGGCUUUUACCUGGACCCUAGGUGUGCUAUUCUUCCUACUAGUGGACGCUGGACAUUGCAGAGGUGGACAAUUCAAAAUUAAAAAAAUAAACCAGAGAAGAUACCCUCGUGCCACAGAUGGUAAAGAGGAAGCAAAGAAAUGUGCAUACACAUUCCUGGUACCUGAACAAAGAAUAACAGGGCCAAUCUGUGUCAACACCAAGGGGCAAGAUGCAAGUACCAUUAAAGACAUGAUCACCAGGAUGGACCUUGAAAACCUGAAGGAUGUGCUCUCCAGGCAGAAGCGGGAGAUAGAUGUUCUGCAACUGGUGGUGGAUGUAGAUGGAAACAUUGUGAAUGAGGUAAAGCUGCUGAGAAAGGAAAGCCGUAACAUGAACUCUCGUGUUACUCAACUCUACAUGCAACUAUUACAUGAGAUUAUCCGUAAGAGGGAUAAUUCACUUGAACUUUCCCAACUGGAAAACAAAAUCCUCAAUGUCACCACAGAAAUGUUGAAGAUGGCAACAAGAUACAGGGAACUAGAGGUGAAAUACGCUUCCUUGACUGAUCUUGUCAAUAACCAAUCUGUGAUGAUCACUUUGUUGGAAGAACAGUGCUUAAGGAUAUUUUCCCGACAAGACACCCAUGUGUCUCCCCCACUUGUCCAGGUGGUGCCACAACAUAUUCCUAACAGCCAUCAGUAUACUCCUGGUCUGCUGGGAGGUAACGAGAUUCAGAGGGAUCCAGGUUAUCCCAGAGAUUUAAUGCCACCACCUGAUCUGGCAACUUCUCCCACCAAAAGCCCUUUCAAGAUACCACCGGUAACUUUCAUCAAUGAAGGACCAUUCAAAGACUGUCAGCAAGCAAAAGAAGCUGGGCAUUCCGUCAGUGGGAUUUAUAUGAUUAAACCUCAAAACAGCAAUGGACCAAUGCAGUUAUGGUGUGAAAACAGUUUGGAUCCUGGGGGUUGGACUGUUAUUCAGAAAAGAACAGAUGGCUCUGUCAACUUCUUCAGAAAUUGGGAAAAUUAUAAGAAAGGGUUUGGAAACACUGACGGAGAAUACUGGCUUGGACUGGAAAAUAUCUAUAUGCUUAGCAAUCAAGAUAAUUACAAGUUAUUGAUUGAAUUAGAAGACUGGAGUGAUAAAAAAGUCUAUGCACAAUACAGCAGCUUUCGUCUGGAACCUGAAAGUGAAUUUUAUAGACUGCGCCUGGGAACUUACCAGGGAAAUGCAGGGGAUUCUAUGAUGUGGCAUAAUGGUAAACAAUUCACCACACUGGACAGAGAUAAAGAUAUGUAUGCAGGAAACUGCGCCCACUUUCAUAAAGGAGGCUGGUGGUACAAUGCCUGUGCACAUUCUAACCUAAAUGGAGUAUGGUACAGAGGAGGCCAUUACAGAAGCAAGCACCAAGAUGGAAUUUUCUGGGCCGAAUACAGAGGCGGGUCAUACUCCCUAAGAGCAGUUCAGAUGAUGAUCAAGCCUAUUGACUGAAGAGAGAUACUCACCAAUUUAAAUGACACAGAACUUUGUACUUUUCAGCUCUUAAAAAUGUAAAUGUUACAUGUAUAUUACUUGGCACAAUUUAUUUACACAUAAAGUUUUUAAAAUGAAUUUUACCGUAACUUUUUAAAAGGGAACCUAUAAAUGUAGUUUCAUCUGUCGUCAAUUACUGCAGAAAAUUAUGUGUAUCCACAUCCUAGUUAUUUUAAAAAUUAUGCUGACUAAAUACAAAGUUUGUUUUCUAAAAUGUAAAUAUUUGCCACAAUGUAAAACAAAUCUUAGCUAUAUUUUAAAUCAUAAAUAACAUGUUCAAGAUACUUAACAAUUUAUUUAAAAUCUAAGAUUGCUCUAACGUCUAGUGAAAAAAAUAUUUUUAAAAUUUCAGCCAAAUAAUGCAUUUUAUUUAUAAAAAUACAGACAGAAAAUUAGGGAGAAACCUCUAGUUUUGCCAAUAGAAAAUGCUUCUUCCAUUGAAUAAAAGUUAUUUCAAAUUGAAUUUGUGCCUUUCACACGUAAUGAUUAAAUCUGAAUUCUUAAUAAUAUAUCCUAUGCUGAUUUUCCCAAAACAUGACCCAUAGUAUUAAAUACAUAUCAUUUUUAAAAAUAAAAAAACCCCAAAAAUAAUGCAUGCAUAAUUUAAAUGGUCAAUUUAUAAAGACAAAUCUAUGAAUUUUUCAGUGUUAUCUUCAUAUGAUAUGCUGAACACCAAAAUCUCUAGAAAUACAUUUUAUGUAGUUCUAAAAUCCGCAAAAUAUUGGUAUUACAAAAAUGCAGAAUAUUUAGUGUGCUACAGAUCUGAAUUAUAGUUCUAAUUUAUUAUUACUUUUUUUCUAAUUUACUGAUCUUACUACUACAAAGAAAAAAAAACCCAACCAAUCUGCAAUUCAAAUCAGAAAGUUUGGACAGCUUUACAAGUAUUAGUGCAUGCUCAGAACAGGUGGGACUAAAACAAACUCAAGGAACUGUUGGCUGUUUUCCCGAUACUGAGAAUUCAACAGCUCCAGAGCAGAAGCCACAGGGGCAUAGCUUAGUCCAAACUGCUAAUUUCAUUUUACAGUGUAUGUAACGCUUAAUCUCACAGUGUCUUUAACUCAUCUUUGCAAUCAACAACUUUACUAGUGACUUUCUGGAACAAUUUCCUUUCAGGAAUAUAUAUUCACUGCUUAGAGGUGACCUUCCCUUAAUUUAUUUGUGAAGUUAAAAUUUUAAAGAUAGCUCAUGAAACUUUUGCUUAAGCAAAAAGAAAAUCUCGAAUUGAAAUGUGUGAGGCAAACUAUGCAUGGGAAUAGCUUAAUGUGAAGAUAAUCAUUUGGACAACUCAAAUCCAUCAACAUGACCAAUGUUUUUCAUCUGCCACAUCUCAAAAUAAAACUUCUGGUGAAACAAAUUAAACAAAAUAUCCAAACCUCA